AUGCAAGCGCUCAUAGCAGAAGGGAGAUAUUACUCUGACCUUGAGCUUACCGAGAAAGAAAUAGAACGCUCUGUAAUUGAAGCUUCUCGUGCUGAGUGUCUUAUGGAACGGUCUAAGCCACGAAUUGGUCCCAAGGAAUCAUCCACCUCUAAUGCUGAGACGUCCUCUUCUGGAGCUAGAACUUUGGCGGUAAAAGAGAAGACGGUGCUGAGCAGCAGCAUUGAGAUGGUUUUGUCGAUGGGGUUUAGCUACAUGCAGGCCAUGGAAGCUUAUAGCAUCUUUGGGGAUGACGUUGACUCUAUGGUCUGCUAUGUACUGGAGACGAGCUGUGUCAGCAACAACCGACGCAAAGGCAAAGCCACGGAAUAG